AUGGCUCGUUCGACAUUUAUUAGUUUUGAUAAUGAGGAAUCUUCACACAGUUACUCAUUAAAUACGAAAGAACGAGAGUUCUCUUUUAAUGAUCAUUCUACCACCGGUGUCACAUCAUCAAAUAAACUGUUACAUUUUCACCAUCGUUUAAUGCCCACCAUAUCAGACAGUAGCCGUAUUAUGACAAUGCCGACGAUUAUUUCGGCAACGACACAACAACCGAUUGUUAUCACUAAUAAAAAUUCAGCCAUUCCACAAAUAUCAAUUUCCCCUCCUAGUACUCAAUUGAAAGGUGAUAACAACUAUUUGUUUAAUAACAUAUUGGAAUCUGACGAAAGUUCAGAUAAAUGUUUACCAAUAACAUCUAUUGAUAAUAAAAUACGUUUAAAUCCAAAAAUGAAGCGAAAUAUUCGUGGGAAACGUCGUUCAACAGGAAUAAAUCCAGAUCCCGCAGUACAAGUUUUCGAGGCGAAUUCUUCUCUCGGUGAUGAUGACGAUUCACAGUCUGUGAAUGAUCAAAUAAUUAUACGCACAACAUCAAAUCCCGAUCAACAUGAAGUAAAAAAUACGCAAUCUCAAGAAGAGAGCCAUCAUCGACGAUAUUUAGAAGAAAGAAUAAAUGUACUCGAAACAUUACUGCUAGAUAAAGACUCAAUUAUCCAUGAUUUACAAGAAAAACUAGAUAGUAUGACUAGAGAUUUAUCGGAGGCUGAACAAGAAAUAUACGCAUUACACAAAGAUAAACUAUCGCUCAUUAGAGCCCUCAGUGCUAUUCAGGGGAGUCCACCUACAACCCCAUCGAAACCUUGA